GCAGAGUCCUGUUUCCUGUUUGCCUUCACCCGUCAGAAGCUGCCUCCCUUCUGUCGGCAGGGCUACCUGAGAAUGCAAGGUCUGGAGGGCAGCGAGGGGCUCCGGCGCCAUGCGGUAGAAGCUGGCCUGCUGCAGGAUUACAGCAUCACAGACUUCUUGGGUGACAGACCCCCUGACAGCCACACAGGGUCACAGGACCAGCUGCUGAGAGAUCAUGUUAUAUCCGUUCGUCCGCUGCAGCAUCUCGUUAAUGCCAAGGAUGAGCUUUAACCUUUCUUGCUCCACACUGAAACUCAAAGGUGCUGUUGUGACAAUACUGUAACAGAGAUCCACAGCAGGAUUCUGCCCUGCCCUGUGCACCUUCUCCAUCCCCAUGCCUUCCACUGAUCAUGAGUUGCCAAAGACCUGCUCAGAUCUUGCUGUUACAAAGAGGACCAACGUGCUUUAAAUGAUAAGUGAGGGGCUAAAAUCCAGCAAUGCUGAGGCUCCCACGUUGUCCUUCCGGAGUUCAGAGUCGCUUGAAGAUGGUGUUAGUGUUUGUCUCACGGACCAGUACCAGCAGCAGCGUCCAGGGGUCACAGAAGAGAGUGCAGGAUCACCUGGGUAACUUACAGUGUCAUGUCCCGCGUCGGAGGUGACCUGCUGGCAGUCUGUGGCAGCCUGCUGCGGGCUCUUUGGUCCUGGAGUGCCGUACACUGUGUAUACUUGAAGGUUUAUGCUGAAUCCUGAAGUGGCACUCCAGACAAACUCCCUGGUACUUUUCCUGCAUUUCAGUUAAGGCUGUUGUGUAGCUUAAGUGGAGAGGGGUGGUUUUUACUGACUCUAUAGAUCAGAUACUUUAUCAUUUCAUAAGAGCACUACAAGGGACCCUUCCCUCCAGGAGGGACGAGCAGCUUGCCUGGAAUGCUGGAUACACAGAGACUUACACUGGGUUCAGCUCCACUCACAGUUUUUCUUCUCCCACCUCAAGCAGCCUGAAAGAUUAGCCCCUGUCUUUUAUAAAGCAUGACCAAUAGUUCUCCUGUUUGCACUAUGUCCCAUCGAGAAAGUUUUGGGUGAACACUGAUGUCAUUAAAAUGCUCGUUCGGUAUUUUAUUCCCCUUCCUGUCACCUUGAGAUCAUGCUGGCACUGACUGGGAGGCCAUCGGCAUUUGUUGCUCCCUCUGUCAGCCACAUGCAUAUGUCUGUCACCUCCCCAUGGGCUCCUUCCACUGGAGCUGAAGAGCAAGAGCAGUUUCAAGCUUGACCUUAUGAUGUCCCCGUGAUUUCUAGGAAAUGGAGGAGGGGCAAAAGGGAACAGGCUUUUUACCUCAGCACGUUUUCCAACCCCUUGGCGUCUAGAGGAAUGUUCCUCUCUACACUUGUGCUUCCAGAGUGGGAGAGUCUGUACCUGCAUGUACCUAAAACUCCCCCAGUCCUUCAAAUUCAUCUGCUGUUUCUGUAAAGCCCCAGUUUCUGUCCCGCUCAGAGAGGCUGGGGAGCAGAAGAGGUGAAGAAGAUGGCAAAUGAGUUCUUGUUCCUCUGUGGGAAUACUUCUGGUGCUGGGAGAUCUUACACAUUCACAUGCAGCCGGAAGGGGGACGCGAUUACCUUCUCAAUGUGCGUUAAUCAGCAUCCUUCCAUGAGCUUAUGUCCCAUUGCCACACCUCCAAGGCCAGUCUGGCUCUUGUGGCCUGUAGCGGUCUGAGGUGUGCCACUCCUUGCUACAUCCUUGGUACUGUGGGCUUUUUUAUUUUAGGAUUGUCUGACUGAAUUGGAUUGACUGGCUGUCACUAAAGAGCCCCUUUCACUCCUUCAUCCCUGACUCGUUCAUCCCUCUGUGUCAGUGUGCACUGACAUAGAGGGUGUCCCUGUUUUAGAUGGCCCAGAGGCUGGCGCUUCGGCGGCUGCUGUCCCUCACCCCCAGGACGCUGCCCCCACAGGCCCCACUGGCACCCCACAGGAGGGCCUUCAGCACCUCAGCAAACUGUGGGAGCACCUUCAACGUGCAGGAUGGCAGCGACUUCCAGGACCGGGUGGUGAACAACCCCAAACCCGUUGUGGUGGACUUCCAUGCGCAAUGGUGUGGCCCCUGCAAGAUCUUAGGCCCCAGGUUAGAGAAGAUGGUGGCCAAACAGGAGGGGAAGGUGCUGAUGGCCAAAGUGGACAUUGACGAUCACACAGACCUUGCUAUUGAGUACGAGGUGUCAGCAGUGCCAACCGUGCUGGCUAUGAAGAACGGAGACGUUGUGGAUAAGUUUGUGGGGAUAAAGGAUGAGGAUCAGCUGGAGGCAUUCCUCAAGAAACUCAUCGGAGCCUGAAGUGAAAGGGUUGGCUGUACCUCUGCCUCCAGACACGUCCACGUUGUGCAUUCCUUGCCUGGGAGACCUGAGGGCACGUGAACUACCUGCCUCGUACAGCCUGGGGUUUUCUUCUGGUUUGGGGCUUUUAGGAGAUGGACAGUGUUGUAACCCCUCCCUCCCACCCACCCCCUUCUCUUGAGCAGCAGUAGUUGUAAAGGGCACUGAAAAGCAGGGCUGCUUAUUCUCACAACGGGGAAUGCGGCUGGAAUCAGCCUGUGUUUAUCAGCAAAGAGCUGACGUGCAGAACUGCUGCUGCUGAGUUCAGGGGAGGAAUGUUUUUCUCUUUGCCUAGUAUCUGAUAGCGCAGAGCAGAGGGCAGCUGCUCCCUGCAAGAUGUUGGUACAUACCUGCCCUGGGUGGGUUUGUUUAAAGCUGAGUAUGCCUCUGCCUUGUCUGUGAAACCUGUCUCUGCCCCUCUGUCCUCGUGUCGCUGGGACAGGUACAACUCUUCCACAAAUCCAUGGGCUCCAGUCAUAAUUUUAUAAGAUAAAAUAGGGAGAAGUAUUUUAUGGAUCUCCUUUUAUGUGUCUGUAAUAAAGAGAGCUUUAUCAGUUGCUGUGGUCCAGCUGGAGAAUAAAACUUGAUUCUCAGAAA